GUUGUUCACAUAAAGAAAAAAGAAAAAUGGGAUCAAACUCAGCCCUCUAUGACCCAUGUCCACCACUACCAAAUGUUCAAGAAAUGGUGAGGAGUGACCCUUUUCAGGUGCCUGAAAGAUACAUCAGGGAUGAAAAGGACAUUGCAAACGAUGCCGGUUUGUGCUCUCAGCUUUCCUCCGAGGUUCCCAUCAUCGAUUUUUCUCUGCUCUCAAAUGGGAACAAAGAGGAGCUUCACAAGCUGGACCAGGCUUGCGAGGAAUGGGGUUUCUUUCAGAUGGUAAAUCAUGGAGUGGCAACAGAAAUAACGAAGGGCUUGAAGGAUUCAGCGCUGAAGUUCUUCGAACUUCCAUUAGAAGAGAAGAACCAAAUUGCUAUGCCACCAAAUGACAUACAAGGCUAUGGCCAUUCCCAUGUGGAUCAGGUCCUGGAUUGGUCUGACAAACUUGUUCUUGUUGUUUACCCACAACAGCAUAGAAAGCUCGAUGUUUGGCCACCAAGUCCAUUCAAGGAGGCUAUUGAGACAUAUUCUAGUGAACUUGGACGAAUUGGAGAGGAGCUCCUGAGGUCUGUCUCUUUAAUAAUGGGGAUGGAGAAGGAUGCACUCCUCCUGUUACAUCAAGAGUUGGUACAACCUAUGUCUGUGGCGUACUAUCCUCCCUGCUUCAUGCCUGAUAAAGUAAUGGGUCUCAGUCCACAUUCAGACAAAGGCACCUUGGGUGUACUUAUGCAAGAAGAAGAUGUACCGGGACUCCAAAUCAAACACAAAGAAAAAUGGGUACCGAUCAAGCCAUUGCCCAAUGCUUUCGUUGUGAAUGUUGGAGAUAUUAUCGAGAUUUGGAGUAAUGGGAAGUACAAGAGCAUUGAACACAGAGUGGUAACAAACAAAAGCAAGGCGAGGAUAUCUUAUUCAACCUUUUAUAUACCACAUCGAAAUGUUGAUAUUGAACCCCUUGAUCAAAUGGUACUUGAGACUCCUGGGUCCCUUCCAUUGUACAAGAAAGUCACUUACGGAGAUUAUCUGAAGCAAACCCAGAAGAUGAAAAAAGAAGGGAAGGCACAUGUCACCGAAGUUGCCAAGAUUGCCAAUUAAAGGAGACGCUUGUAAUGUUCAAAAGUCAGUAUUGGAUCAUGGCUACAAUAAACGGACUUGUUAUUAAUAUAACAAAGCAUCUUGUCUUUCUUUGUACUAGCACAUGUUGUUAAUUGUUUGAAAGUAUUGCAUAUAUGAAUAUGGUAU